UUCAAUUUGAAAUGAGCGCCUGCUGGAGAAUUGUGAGGCCAGCUGGCCAGCAGUCUCUCAUUCCCGGACUUUAGGAUAUCCGCGGCUCAUCGGAGAAGCCGAGGAUAUCACAUCUAAUUGCCCCGACUGUAAUGACACCCACUCGCAGGCGCAGACCACGGAAGAUGACUUUCUACGAUGGCAUUUACCCGUUCUACACGCUACAAAGGACCCCUUUCAUCUUCAGCUCCAGUCUGCUGACCGUCAUCCUUGUCUUCUUGGUCCUGGCGGCCUCUCUGCUUCUCAUUCUUCCAGGAAUUCGCGGCAAAUCGCGGUUCUUCUGGAUGUUCCGAAUAAUAGUCAGUCUCUUCAUCGGAGUUGUGAUUGUAGCAUUGAACUUCACGGCUGACUGGGCGCAGGGCAGCUUGAGAGCCAACAGCACCUACAAGUCUUUCAGCAAUGCCGUGGUGAACGCCGAGGUGGGGCUUCACGUGGGGUUAUACGGGAUCAACAUUACACUCAGAGGAAACCCUGUGCACCAGCUUAACGAGACUAUUGAUUAUAAUGAGGAGUUCCGCUGGUCGGGGCACCUAGACGAACAGUACUCGCAGGCCCUGGAGCGAGGUCUUCCCAACCCAAUCCUUUACAUCGCAGAGAAGUUUACGCGCAACAGUGCCUGCGGUCUCAUCUAUCAGUACAGAUUCUCCGGGUAUUACGCGUCAGCCACGCUCUGGACUGCCUUCUGCUGUUGGCUGUUGGCGAACCUCCUCUUCUCCAUGCCGGUGCUGCUGUACGCUGGCUACAUGAUGCUGGCCACCGCCGCCUUCAUCUUCUUCUCCAUGGCCUCCUUCUCCACCGUCUUCGGCCUGCCCCAGUGCUCCUUCAGCAUCGGGGACGCCACCCUCCAGCCCUCCUACAGCCACUCCUUCUGGCUGGCUCUCGGCACGGGUGUGCUGUGCGUUCUGAUUGGCUGCAUGGUAGUGCUACUGGAUUGGCUGGUUCCGGAGUGGGUUAGGGAGGCGUUCAGCGUUGGCGGUGAUGAUGAUGAUGAUGACGAGCUGGGGGCGUUCCCUCACGGAUACCUCAACGCCAAUUUCCUGGAGGGCGUGGCCAUUCAAGGAGGCCUGCCAGCCAUUGGAGGAGAGGUGUUGAAGUCACAAGAAGGGCUCGUGAUCACAGGAGCAGGGGUGACGGUGAAAGGAGGAAAGGUGAACCCUGCAACCAUCUCAGAAUUAGUGGAGAGACUGUGACAGCAGCAUCCUCCUUUCUCAUGGCUAUCCUCCUCCUCCUCCUCUUCCUCCUCCCUGACGCGACACGACCAGAGCUGAGGUCAGCCAACUACGUCCACUGAGCGUUAAUGAAUGUGUUUGUGUGUUUGUGUCUGUGCAGCAAGGCCUGCCAGGCACCUCCACUGAGUGUGAAUAAUGUAAUAAUGUACACUAUUUCUGUAAGUGUGUGUGUGUGUGUGUGUGUGUGUGUGUGUGUGUGUGUGUGUGUGUGUGUGUGUGUGUGCGUGCGUGCAUGUAUAUGGUCAUUAAGCCACAUCCACAGAACCUGUUUGUGUGUACAUGUGUAGGGGUGAGCGAGUGUGUGUGUGUGUGUGUGUGUGUGUGUGUGUGUGUGUGUGUGUGUGUGUGUGUGUGUGUGUGUGUGUGUACGCACAUGUGUGUGAUUCUGCGUACCAGUCCCAUCCACUGAGCCUGAUGCACUGUAGUAUGUGAAUGAUGAACACUGUAAAUGAAAUGUAAAUAUGGGAUGUCUGAUGGGGGGGUAAUAAAAUUAUUGUAAAACAAAAAAGUUUUUAACUCCUUCUGUGCUCAUGGUACUCUGUUCACGUAAGUAAAAACAAAUCCGACAGGCGGACAAAGAUGCGUCCAUAUAUGCACAAUGCCGCCUUGCGGACACAGGAGAGAAUUUCAAUUUAAAGAGUGCAUUUCAGACUGACCGACAGACAGACAGACCGACGGAAGGACAUAUCCUCUUACAGACAUAAUACACACCCUCCACCUAGUACGAGUCCACACUAGUUCACAUGCGACCAAGUUUCAUUUCAGUCCUGGUGAAUGUGAGAUUAGCCUUACACCCCCAUCCAGCAUCUUGUACAAGCCCCGACUAGUCCUUAGUCCCAGCUCUCACAAGUCUACAGGAGUCUUAAGCAUCACACAGCACAUGUGAGACUUGGCCAGGGAUGGGAAACCUUUUCCAUCCGAGGGGCCACUUCAAAUUUUACAAAGUCCUCCAAGGACCGUACUAUGAACACAAACCAGGAGUUCCCCCUGCACUUUAGGCUUAUAUUGAAGGCGGAAACCCUGACAACAGACCCCCACCUUCACUAGGUCCCGUGAAAGUAUAACGUAAUUGUAUUG